AUGUCAUCAGCAGACUCAAAGAAGGGUGCCUACGGCACAGUCGUCAAGAAAAAGUCAGGACGAUGGGAUAUGGAAGAGUUUGAGAAGCGGGCCAAGGAGAGAGCAACUCGUGACAAGGAGUUGGCAGAAGAAGAUGAAGCCAGGGCACUAGGAAAAACGGUGAAGAAGAGGGUAAAGGAGGCGCCCACAGAUGAAGCAAUCAAGGCCGAAAAAUCCGAACGCCUCAUCCUGGAAUCAGCCAUCGGGAAAUCUCAAGUUGUCCAAGGUGGCCCCAACGGCCGAGCACCCGGAUUCUUCUGUCAACUCUGCGAGUGCGUACUCAAGGAUAGCAUCGCCUACAUGGACCACAGGAACGGAAAGGAGCAUCUCAAGAAGAUGGGCGUCGAUAGAAAGGCCGUCAGGGAGAAUUUGACCGAUGUUGUCGCCAAGAUGGAGAGUCUGAAGCGAAAAUCGGAGGCGCCUAAGAAGGAAAAGUAUGAUCUGGAUGCUAGACUUGAGGAGGUCAAGAGACAGGAGGAUAGGGAACGAGCGGAAAAGCGGGAACGCAAGAAGCAGAAGAAGAAUGAUAAGAAGCCUGAUGAGGGUAUUGAUGAUGGUGGGAUGGACCCUGCUAUGGCCGCCAUGAUGGGCUUUUCGGGAUUCGGCACUUCAAAGUCAUAA